AUGAACGAUGCCUCUCAGGAGAUCGUGGAUGCCGCACCGUUUUAUUCUUCGAGUAGGGCCCCACGCACGAACCAAGAUCAGUUUGAGGAGCGCAGGGACGCGAAUCUCUUGGUCCUCCGGGAACAAGGCCAUGUAGAGAAAACACGGCUUCAGAGCAACGCUCGUCUUCCUCUGAAUUCAGAAUCGAGCUUAAAUUUUGUAAAACGUGUUUCCAUUUUGCUAGUGUCUGUUCAGACUUCGCUAGGAGCCCUCCGAUCACAGCAAUUGACAAUGGAAGACCUCCACAAUUCUUGGCAAUGUCCUUCCCAAUCUGUUCCAAUUCCAGCGGGCACCCUUCUUCCUGAAACACAAACCCACGCAGUAGAUUCCAACUUUCGUCCACCUUCAGAAACCUCAUCGGGAAGCACUCUGGACCAUCCAGUUGCAAAGCCAUUAUCCGGAAAGAAGAGCUUCACCCUUUCCCACGCAUACGUAUCCCAAAUGUCAUCCAUCACAAUCAGAUAUCGUCGCCCGAUUAAACUCGAAGACAACAUUUUUCCUAAUUCACGUUCGCUCAUUUGGUCGAAUUUGUCCUCACUCCCAAUGGAUUUCAAACCGCAAAGGAUUUCUAAUAAAAUCCCUUUGGAAUUAAUUUCUUGA